UGGGACUUCUCCCUUGGAGCUUCUGUGCCGAGAAUCCGAUGUUGGGCUCGGCUACCUGGCUGAAUACAGCAGAUCAGCCCAUGAAAACUUCUAUUCCUAGCCAAAGGAAGGAGUCCAGCAAAAGGCAGCACCUACUCUUUCAGGCCUGGAAGCAAGAAAGGGGGCAAGAGUUGGAGAGUGUGGAAUCUGAGAAGACAACUGAAAGGUGACAUUUAAGUUGAAGAUGGGUGGUGGAGAAAGAUUCAACAUUCCAGUUCCCCAAUCUAGAAAUAUCACCAAGAACCAUCAACAACUUAAAAACAGGCAGAAGAAUAAAGACCAGAAUUCGCAGAUGAAGACCUAUAUGAAGAAAGAAAGAGGACAUGGAUGCAACUCAUCAUCUGGUGCAUGGCAGGCCAUGCAAAAAGGGGGAAAGAACAACGUUCAUUUCCCCAAUAAUCAAAAUUGGAGUCCUACUUUAUCAAAUCGCAACCUGUUUUUCACACCUCAAACCAAUCAGAACUAUGCUGGAGCAAAAUUUAGUGAGCCACCCUCACCAAGUGUUCUUCCUAAGCCACCAAGCCACUGGGUACCUGUUUCUUUUAAACCUUCUGAUAAAGAAAUAAUGACAUUUCAGCUUAAAACAUUACUUAAAGUCCAGGCUUGAGAUGUAACUUUUCAUAUUUUUAAAGUUAUUUAAAUUUACAGGGUUUCAAAUUUGAGAAUUGUUAUUCCUAACUCCAGAUGCACAGAUAUACAGAACUAGAUGUUCUUGCUGCAUGUAGUUAGUCACUUGGAAGAGAAGGGGGUGGAAGCUUACAUUCCCCUAAUGUUUUACCUCAAAAGUUGUGUGCUGUGUUCACUUCACUGUGAAAUAGGUAUUUUUCUCUAUAAUCUAAUCAAAUCCUGAACAGUCACCAUUUAUUGUAUUUAUUGUAAGUGUAAAUGGGACUGUCUCCCAAAAUUGGAAUUGUGACUACUUUUUGGUAUGGUAUUAGAAAACCAGCUUUUACCUAACUUAAUGCAGCAUUAACUGGAAAAAAAAUGCACUGAAAGCUUUAGUC